AUGUGUUGCAGGUUGUACAUUUCCAAAGGAGCUUCAGUGGAUCAAAGAGGAGGAGACCUGUUGUCUACACCACUGCACUGGGCUGUGAGACAGGGGCACCUGCAGAUGGUGAUCCAGUUGAUGAGAUUUGGUGCAGAUCCGACCAUCGCAGACGGAGAAGGAUACCGUGCUCUGCACCUCGCCAUUCUGUUCCAACACAUGGCUAUAGCUGCCUACCUCAUGGCUAAAGGACAGGAAGUGGAUUCUCCAGACGCCAACGGACUCACUCCUCUGAUGCUGGCAGCUCAAAAGAUCAUAGGGCCGGAGCCCACUCACUUCCUGGUUCGUCACGGGGCGAGCGUGGCGGCGGUGGACGUGAGCAGAAACACGGCGCUACAUUGUGCCAUGAUGUCGGGGAACGUGGACUCUGCUCACGUGCUGCUGGAGGCAGGCGCCAGUGUGGACGCUCACAACAGCAAUGGUCUCAGUCCUCUGGACCUGGCUCACCAGGUGAACAGUCCACUGCUGAUCCACAUGUUGAACGACACCAAACAGCAGAGGGCGCUGUCAAGCUCUGGCUGCCGCCGCCUGCUGCGCAGAUACAAGUCGACUGGUGCCUAG